AUGCAGUGUCUUGUUGAGUUGUCCGUUGAUGUCACUGCAGCGCAUCUUCUGGCUGCCGGCGACCAGGACGUGGGCGUUGCGGUAUGUGAAUCCGUAGCGGUAGAGCGUCGGCAGGGGUCCGCCGCAUUCUACGAUGGACGGGCAGUGACAGGCGUCCUCACCGCCGUGGUUGCCGGUGGGACAGAGGUACGUGGCGCAGCCGUGGGCCGUGCAGUCGAUGUUGUCCAAGGCGUCUCUCAGUUGUUGCAGCAGCUGCCACAACUGCCAUGCCAAGUGUACCACCCAGGUGAGGCAGAGCUGUGCGUGUUUCUGCGGGAAGGUGUGGUUGGCGUACAGCGACAGUGGCUGCAGGAAGGGGGCGCAUCCACUGGUUGUUUGACAAGGCGGCUCGGCGGAGAGACUGGAGAGGGCAUUGUGCCCUGA